CAACGAGAGUUUGUCAGUAGGUCAAGAUGGCCGUCAGAAGGCAACAAUUUCAAAACAUUGACAUUCCGAAGACGCGGAGGACGAUUUAAAGCCGUGCACAGAAGAUCGCCAUCUCAGAAAUGAAAAUCAUCUACUUUAUUUCGCUAUUGUGUCUGAGUUGUGAUGCUGUGCCACUUCCGCGAUGGAUACACAGAGUGAGUUCAUGUCCAGAGGCAAACAACAUAACAGCCUGGAAAGCAGCUUCAGAGAAACUCAACUGUCUGUAUGAUCUCACUUCCGAUGAUCCAGCUCAACAAAAAAUGGUUUACCAUUGUUUGGCCAGUACUUACCUAAAUGAAACAGUCGAAUUCUGUGGCAGAAGUGUGCCCAUCGCACCUGGAAAUUGUCCAAUUUACAAUUACCAGUUCUUUGAAAAUAAGGUGGCGUCCUACUACAAUUGUUCAAAAUUUAUGAGUGGAUGUCCUAACCAUAUGACCCAUUCCAAAAACGUUUUCAAAUACCCUGAGUGCUUUAAUAUUGAUUCGGAAAGAAGUUGCUUUCGUUCUGAAGAUCGAUGUUCGAUGACCAACCUCACAGAAAAUAUUACAGUUUCAACAACAGCAUUGAACACAACAGAUGAACUGUCCACAGAAAGAUCAAUCACGAAUGACGUAUCACAAAACAGAACACGAAGUGAAAGUGGUAUUUCAUACGUGGUACGGGAGAGUAAUGGAAACCCAGUUUUGAUGGUAAUCUCCGGGAUUCUGGGAGGAGUGCUACUGACAGUUAUCCCGAUUUUCCUCUUUAUCAGUCUGAAGUUGAAUUUACUAACCUACCUGAAAAAGCAGUUGAUGUACAGAAGACAGUGUGAAGAAAAACAGCAUGUAGAUGAAACUGAGUGUAUAUCAAUGCUGGAGACCCAAUCUGCAGAAAACAAUCCAGAAAAAAAUCCAGCAUAUGUUGAAGUGCUGGGGGCGUCCGAAUCCACCCUAGGAAGUGAUUCUGGAGUAGAAACAGGAGAUAAUGGAGGGCAAAAAUACAGAACAGAGAAGAGACCCGAGACACAUAUCAAUAUGGAAAAUGAAGAGAAGAAAGCUGGUAAGAGUAUUAAAAACCUGGAAGCCAUCGUCAAAUUAUCAGACAACAAAGAAUUCAAUGCCUUCCUUCGUGAUGUAAGCAAAGAUAUGACUCCUGGGACGUUAGAGGAAAUGAAAACACUUUUAAAAGAUCGAAUUGAAGGGUUGGAGGAUGAUCUUGGAGAUAUAUCUACUGCCUUCGGACUAUUGGAGUAUAUGGAUAGAAAGUUAUCCCUUUACAAUAAUCUGGCCAUACUUCAAGCAUAUUCCCUAGCAAUCGCUCCUCCUGAUGAAACACUGUAUGAGAAAUGCUUGAAUUAUGGAAAGAAAGCAAGAGAUAUCUUUUAUUUCCAAAGAUGUACAAAGAAUUUGAAGGGUUUUCAAAAAGUUGAAUACCACAUCCAAUGUGAAAAUAUUAACGCCUAUAAUAAAGGCGAUCUAGACAUCCUUCACAAAUCUUUAGCGAAGGUUCUUGGAGUAAAGCCAGAUGACAUGCUACUUGUUGGGAUACGUAAAGGAAGCAUUAUACUAACUUUCAUGAUUCGGAGUGCUUUCAUUCCGAACUUGAGAACAAUACUUUUGGACAGGAAGUCACUGAAGAACAUCACGUACCGAGUGAUGCUAUUCAGACGACUGACUCACAGAGUAUUCAAAGUGACCAUUAACGGAGAAGUUGUGUAUGAGCCGGGUAAUAUUGUAGGGAAGAGAACAGAAGAAGUUACAGUUCCAACAGUAAUAAAGGAAGCCCAUUUGAAGAGAGCAGAGGUUGAAAAGUACCAACAAGUUACAGAUGAAAAAGGCGAUACUGAGACGAAAAUAGAAAUCCUUAAAAACAACGAUGAGGAUGGUGUUAUUGUUGAAUUUCUGGAUAAAUUAGGAGGCUCAAUCACGGACGAUAUCCUUACUUCAAUGAAAAUGGCCUUGAAAGAUUUCAUCGAUGAAAAUACAUUGAGAAAGUUGGACACAUCAAGCCUUUUGCGACAUCUUCAAGCUAAUUUCAAGAUUGAAUAUAACUUGUAUUUUCUGCAAUGGAUAUUUGAGAAAUGUUCUGCACACCAGCUUAGUGAAGAAUGCUUCGAAUUUGCGUCAAAGCAUCGAUUUCCAUUGCUGUAUUUCCAAUCCAAACCCCUAUCAGGAAAAUCAACCGAGGAACAGUGCAUAAAGUUUUAUAUUGAAAAUGAUUUAGAGAGAUGCCAGGAUGAAGUAUAUGAUCUCCGAGAGUGGAUUGCCAAAUAUCUUAGAAUAGAUAUUGGUCAAAUUAUGAUCGCUGGAUUAGAGAAGGGGUCUGUAACCGUGGUUUUCAGAGUGUUGCUUGGAAACGCCGAGACAGAUCUAAUGGCUCUGGCAAGCACAGAUGAAUUUCAAGCAGGUGUAUCACGCAAAGGUGUGAAGAAAAUUUUCGUCGGUAGUGAGAAAUGUAUCACAGUUGGGAAAGCACAAACAUUUGUUCACAUUCAUUGCUCGGGUCUGCACGAAGGGAAUACAGUAGAUAAUGUCAAGAAAAUGGUGUCGACUGUACGUCAAAAGGCAAGGGAGUUGGUCAUAGAUGGAUCGAAGGUGUUUCUACGGAUAAAGGAUAAGCAGAAAAGAAAAGAACCAGAAAUCGGAAAAAAGAGGACAGGUACUAAGGAGAGGCAGCGUUUACUGGAGGAACUGGAACCGACACAGAUUCUAAGGAACAGUGAAGUACAGAAAGUAAUAGAAGGGCAAGGAAUCAAUAAAACGUUGGCUCAAAGUCGAGAAGAAAAAUGUAACAUCGUAAUAGAUGUGGUCGAUCAGUUACCUGACGUGACAAGAGAUGUUAUAUUGAAUUCUGUGGGUGAACAUGAGGAAAGUUGUGACGAAACAAAUUACACCAAGACAUCUUCCAAUAAAAAUCCAGUGACACUUCCGGAUUUUGAAACGGUAUCGGAGGAGAUCGAUUCAUCCAUAAUCGACGAAACAUUUGAAAAGAUCCGCUAUGUGCCCAGUCACAUUAAGCAGAAAUGCAGCAGUGCAUCAGGAAGGAAUCGGAAAGAAAGGGCAAACACUUUCCUGAAUUAUAUCCAAGAGAACGCAAAUCGUCGACAGAUAUUUAUGAUGGUUUGGCAAAAGCAUGUGGAAUGAAGAAUUCGAUGUAACAAUAUAUGAUAUAUUAUGUAUAUAUUUUAAAGAGUGACAGAAUUACUUAUUUUUGCAUUAACUAUUGCAUCCAAAAUUUAAUGUUUUUAUCUUACACAGGGCAACCAUUUUGAACAUUGUUAUUUGUACAUUAUCCCGAUAAUUUACAGUGUAUAAAAUGUUUGUGGGAUGAGGGUUUUAUUUUAAAAAGAUCGCAUGCGGAAAUCAUUACCAUAUGUAAUUUAUUCAUGCAAACAAUAAUAAAAACAAACAAAAUAAAGCAAAAACAAAACAACAGCAACUUUAAAUUCUGCAAAAAAAAUAUAAUUUCUGAAUUUUCAUUCAGUUCUUUUUCAUCAAUAAUUAAGGUCAUAGGAUAUCCAAGAUUUUAGUCGCAUCAAAUGAAGUGAAAUUUUGCUGUGUUUACUUGCGAUUUUCUAUUUUUUUGUUCAAACAAGAAUGUAAAUCGGUCAUUAAUACAUGAAAUGUAUGAAACGGGGUUAAUAUUAUUUUUAGCAAUAUUAAAACAUUAGAAAUAGUUUUAUAAAAUUGUAUAACAAAUUUUUUGGGGUGGAUCUUGUGUUCUAAAGUGUUGUUGAUGCAUAUACUUGUGUAUAUUGUACAUGUGUAUGUAUAUACAUAUUAAACCAUAGUGAACGAAAUGUUACAUAUAUCUGUGAUAUUGAUAGUUUAUUUUAUAUGAACAUUGUUAUUAGUAAAUCAGAUAAAACUCUCCAUUUGCAGCUGGAUUUUGAUAAACAGAUUUUUAAAAAAUCCAUAUCACAUGUCUGUACAUAUUUCCAUUGACAUAAUUUAUGUGUUUGAUUAUUGAAUAUUUUAGCAAUAUUACCAAGAUUUAUAGAUCAUACCUAAUAAGGCAAUUCUUCUAUUUAUGAUCUCUAGAGAUUAUACUCAUAUACAUGUAUAUUGCAGAUAUAGCUUGAUUGAAUAUAUGGUAUUUGCCCAACUCGUAAUUUUGUAUUCCUUAUCGGAGUUAUGAGAUUGAUCACUGUUCGUUUUCUCCACCUUUCAUUGAAUGUAUAAUCAUAUACGCCAGUUUCGAGAUACGAACUCUUCUGUGUAGAAGGUGCAUUUAGUGGAACUUUGAAUGACUAAGUGGGACAGAGUGGACCUACAGUCAGCGAGAAAGACGAUGAAAUGUAUUAAAAGCGGCUUCUCUUUUAAUAUGUACAUGUGGGAAAUACAAAAUACUAUCGAAAGAAACGUUUUACUAAAGUGGAAACAUAAAAACAAUGUCAUAUUUGCAAGUAAUGUAUUUGAUAUGGUACUUAUGACCAACGAAAUAACGUGAUAUGAUAAGAAUUCUAUGUAUUUAAUUACUCCUUAAAUACUUAUAACUUACUUAGUUUGUGUAUCAGUCGAAUUCGGGUGAUCUAACAGUGUAUGAGAACCUUACUCAGUACAUUCACUUACGCUGUGAUGAAUAUUAGUCCCAUUCCCGCGUGUAAACAAAUUGUUUCGCGCCUCACUAUCCACGAGAGUUCUCCAAAAGGAAAUAACUCGGGUGUAUCUCGAAACCGGCGUAUUGACUGUAGAUAAUGUAUAUUUAAUUCAUUUUACUUUACUUUGAAAUUCUGCAUAAUAAUUACGUGUGCCAAAUACUGUAAAUACAUGGAAUACUAUUAAAUUCUUGAAGUUUAUGUACGCAUUGAUAACCAUAUUUCUAAUAUUUAAUGUUGGUACUGCACAUUUGCAAUGAAAAAUGCUAUGUAUCAUGUUUCUGAUUGAUAAAAUAGUGAACAUUUAGUUU